GUACUGAACCCGGAAACUGAAACUGUGUUUCUCUAGCUGGGAAUCCAGCAACACUGAAAGGUACUCACUGAACAAUGAUUCAGCCUCAGAAGCAGAGAAUGGGUUUGGAUAUCGGGACGUGGGAGCAGAUAUUUCAAGAACUGAUCCAGGAGGUGAAACCCUGGGCCAAGUGGACCCUGAAGUUGGACGGGGACCUUCAGCUGGACUGCCUAGCCCCAGGGUGGAAGCAGCACCAGCAGAGAGCCUUUGGCUGGUUCCAUUGUUCCUUAUGCUGCCGAAGUUGGGCUUCAGCCCGAGUGCAGAUUCUGUGCCACACAUACUGGGAACGCCGGAUGGACCAGGGCCAGGUGGUCAUGCGACCUUUUGCUCAGAGGUGCCAGAAGUGUACCUGGUCCCAAUAUGAGAUGCCUGAAUUCUCCCCAGAGAGCACCACGAGGAUUCUGAACAACCUGGUGCAGCAUAUUCUGACGAGGUACUACAAGGAUGGAACCAGGAAGCCUCCAAAUACAUCAGUGAUCCCAGAGGUGACUUUGGAAGGGUCCCACGACACGGCCAACUGCGAGGCAUGCGCUCUGGGCUUCUGCUUAGAGGGCUUGCAAAGCCACAGGACAGAGCCACUCCCAUCCCCACCCUCCUACCUGAAGAUUGGGACAUCCUUUCUUGGAAAUAGUAUUGUGUGCAUCCCAAAACAAGCCAUGAAACAGUCAGCUCAGGCAAAGGAAGCUAAGGCGAGUGGCUCUAAGGGGUCAGUGCCCAGCCGUGCCUGGGAUCCAUUAACCAUCUGUCUCUUUUGUCUCCUAGUUGUUGCUCUUGUACUUACAGGCUUUAAAAAAGAAUCAUAAACAUAGGCUUGCCUUCUUCUCUCCUCUGGUCUGAAGUCCAUGACAAUCAAUGAACUGGCAGCCAUUUUAAUAUGAUAGAGAAUUUACUUUGAGACCAAGCAGGGUCAAGUUUAUAGAAUAAACACUAGUUUCCUAGAUAUUCUCUGAAAAUAGUCUAAAACAUGACCAAGGACAUACUGGACCAAAUAAUAAAUAUGUGUUGAAUCACUGAAAGAUCUUCGUUCAUUUAUUCACUUAUUCACAUUCAUUAGUAUCAAUAAAUACAGAGAUCAUAUCUUGACAAGAAUAGUGGGUAGUGAGCACUAUCGGAAAGUGUGGUAGGCAGAAUAAUGGUCCCCUCCCCCAAAUAUGCAUGCCCUAAUUCCAGAAGUUAUAAAUAUGUUACUUUAUGUGGCAGAACGGACCUUCGCAGAUGUGAUUAAUUUAAGGAUCUUGAGAUAGGUAGAUGACCUUGCGUUAUUCAGGUGGGUAAUAACAAGGGUCUUUAUAAGAGGGAGACAACAGGGCCAAAAUCAGAAAAAGGAUAUUUGACAAUGGAACCAGAGGUUGGGAGAUGUGCUUGGAAGUUGGAGGAAGGGGCCACUAGCCAAGGAGUGAAGGCAGAAUCCAAAAAGGCAAAGAAAAAUGUCCUCUGGAGCCUUCCGAAGGAACCAGGCCUGCCAACACAUGGCUUUCGCCCAGUGAUUUUGAACUUCUGACCUCCAGAGCUGUUAGAUAGUAUUAUAGAUUUGCCUUGUUUUUAGGCACUAAGUUUGUGGUAAUUUGUUAUAGCAGCAAGAAGAAACUAAUAUAGUUAUCAACAUUACAGCAGGAAUCAGGCAAUUAUGUUUUAGGUAUGUCUCAGUUCUGCAGAAAAAAAGAACACUUUGUACAUUAGAAAUAUUGACCCAUCCCAUCCCCUCUUGUUCUUCCUUCUCUCCUACUUAAACACACUCAUGUCCCCAUUCCAAAAAGACUCCCUUUGAUUUGAUGACCCUUGGAGCUACCACAUUGGAUUGGCAAGCAGGUAGGCACUUGCCAGUGUUGAGAUCCUGUGACGCAAGGCUACCUCCUUCACACCUGUCUGCGUCUGUGAGGCAUUUCUGUGUGCCCGCCACACUGCCUUCUCCACAUGACCGUGUUUAAAACCAAGCUCAACAGCAUCUCUGACUUUGGUGUUUCCGUUCCCCCCAGCUUCCCACCCAUGCUUAUCACUUUGGUGUCGCCUUUAACUUCUUCUCCCUGUCACUAACACUUUUCGUCCCUUCUUUUGUCAAGUUGCUCCCAUCUCUUCCUUCUACCUUCCCUUGUCGUCCCCUCUCCCCACCUGGUUCAAGAUUACUGAAUGGAGAGGGAAUUUGGAGUUCGUCCAUAGACAAUGAGGAGUCUGUGCAGGCAUUUGGAAGAUAUGGGUAAUUUGAGUAGAACCACAUUUAAAAAAUACUGUCUUUUCCUGGGGAAGAGUAGAGUAUAGAAUAGCAAUAGUGAAGAAUCUGGCUUGCAACAGGGUAGUGAUAAAUCCAGAAAGAGGUUUAUGUAGACAAUAAUUAUAAGAGGCCAGAAAACCCAAGGAUAAAAACACCUCCUUUUUAUCUGGC